AUGCCCCAACACAACGCCUCUACACAAUGUCUCAACACAACGCCUCAACACAACGCCUCAAAACAACGCCUCAACACAACGCCUCAAAACAACGCCUCUACACAACAUCUCAACACAACGCCUCAACACAACGCCUCAACACAACGCCUCAACACAACGCCUCAACAUGACACCUCAACACAAUGUCUCAACACAUCUCUACACAACAUCUCUACACAACAUCUCAACACAAUGCCCCAACACAACGCCUCUACACAAUGUCUCAACACAACGCCUCAACACAACGCCUCAACACAACGCCUCAACAUGACACCUCAACACAAUGUCUCAACACAUCUCUACACAACACCUCAACACAACACCUCAACACAACGCCUCAACACAACAUCUCGACAAGUUCUACCCAACAUCUCUACACAACAUCUCAACACAACAUCUCAACACAACAUCUCAGCACAACGCCUCAACACAACGCCUCAAAACAACGCCUCAACACAACGCCUCAAAACAACGCCUCUACACAACAUCUCGACAAGUCUCUACCCAACAUCUCUACACAACGCCUCAACACAAUGCCUCAACACAACGCCUCAACAUGACACCUCAACAUGUCUCAACACAACAUCUCUACACAACGCCUCAACACAACGCCUCAACAUGACACCUCAACAUGUCUCAACACAACAUCUCUACACAACGCCUCAACACAACGCCUCAACACAACAUCUCAACACAACGCCUCAACACAACGCCUCAACACAACAUCUCAACACAACGCCUCAAAACAACACCUCUACACAACAUCUCAACAUAACAUCUCGACACAACAUCUCUACACAACGCCUCAACACAAUGCCUCAACACAACGCCUCAACACAACGCCUCAACACAACGCCUCUACACAAUGUCUCAACACAUCUCUACACAACACCUCUACACAACAUCUCAACACAAUGCCCCAACACAACGCCUCUACACAAUGUCUCAACACAACGCCUCAACACAACGCCUCAACACAACGCCUCAAAACAACGCCUCUACACAACAUCUCAACACAACGCCUCAACACAACGCCUCAACACAACGCCUCAACACAACGCCUCAACAUGA